CCAGGGGCUGGGAUCUUUGAUGCGGGGGUUAAAACUGUGGAUUCCCAGUCAUUUUAUCAAGGGUCUGGAUAAAUGGCUGGACAGGAGAGUUUUGCAGGUUUGGGCUCAACUCAACAAGAUACUUAUUACUGGUAUUGGCAAAGAGUGAAGCCAGACUUCCCGUUCUGCCAGCCUCACCCCUUCGGCAGCCGGUAUGAGCAACAGCAGGGUGGUUACCCUCCUGACUACAGCUCUGGCCGCGGGGCGGGUGGAAAUGGACCCAACCUUUAUUCUGCAUGUGAGACCUCCGGACAGCCCUCUGAGACUUCGCUUCCACCCAAGGAAACCACAUCUGUAGCUGAAAACCAGGAUGAAGAUUCACUAGAAGAUCCAAAUCUCCACUUGAAUAUUGAGGAACUCAACAAAGAAUUUAUGGUGAAAAGUGAAGAGCUCUACCAAUCUCUCAUGAAUUGCCACUGGCAGCCUCUUGAUACAGUGCACUCAGAAAUCCCAGACAAGACCCCCCAAGAGCAAGAUGCU